AUGGUGAAAUCAAGGGUCUACAGGUUCUAUACCUAUAUCUCCCGGUACUCCCAUCUCUUUUACAACUGGCACAGGGCACUAGAACCAGGUGAGGCUAGGUUGACUACCACCGCUACGAGGAUGGCCCCCGCGCUUUUCUUAGCAUACUUUGGCAGUAUUAGGCAGAAUAUUAAGGAAAAGCUUGAAAAAUUAAAAGCCAUAAUUAGCAAGAGUGGCAAGGCUAAAGACAAAUUGAUACGGCAUCUUCGUACUCAUAGUGGAGAAAAACCAUUUCUUUGUCCCCAUUGCCCUUGUCGGUUUUCUUCCAAAGGUUACUUGAAGAAUCAUGUUCGUGUCCACACAGGAGAGAAGCCGUAUGCUUGUUCAAUGUGCCCAUACAGUUCUACAAAGAAGUACUCUUUGAGUACCAUCCAUGGGCCAAACCUGAGAGAGGAACGUCUCCAGGGAGGACACUGUGUCCACGCACAAGAACUUACUCCUGCUCGCCGUUAUCGGCGGUGCAAAGUUUGUUAUGCUCGGGGUGUCCGAAAGGACACCCGCACAAUGUGCAGCCAUUGUAAAGUGGCUUUGUGCCAAUACGGUUGUUUUCAGGUUUACCACACCCAGGAGACUUAUACAUAA